AUGACUGCUGCCAACGGAACCUCCAACGGCAAUGGCGCCACCAGGAAGUCCAUUCGGGCCCCCAACCCCCCGCUCAAAGAUAGCGUCUUCGACAUGUUCCGUCUGGACGGCAAGACGGCCAUAAUAACGGGUGGCUCAGGCGGCAUCGGCUACGAGAUUGCCCGUGCGCUGGCGGAAGCUGGAGCAAACAUCGCGAUAUGGUAUGCGCACUCCAAGAAGGCGCACGCGCUCGCCGAGACCAUCGCCUCCGACUUCAACGUCAAGGUCAAGGCCUACCAGGUGGCUGUGGAGGACUACGCUGCAGUGGAGCAAGGAGUAGCGGCCGUGGUGGACGAGUUCGGCAGACUUGAUAUCAUGAUUGCAAACGCUGGUAUUCCGACAAAGGCAGGGGGUCUGGAUGACCUCGUCGAGGACUGGAACAAGGUGCGAGCCAUCGAUUUCGACGGCGCGUACUACUGUGCCCGAGCGGCUGGAUUGGUGUUCAAGAAACAGGGCUCCGGAAACUGCAUCUUCACAGCGUCAAUGUCCGGCCACGCCGCCAACGUCCCACAAGAGCAAUCGUGCUACAAUGCCUGCAAGGCUGGUGUAAUCCAUCUCGCGAAGUCGCUGGCCGUGGAGUGGGCCAAGUGGGGUGGCCGCGUGAACUGCGUGAGCCCUGGCUACAUAGACACUGCCAUCUCAGGGGACUGCCCGUUCGAGAUGAAGGAGGAGUGGUUCAGCCUCACGCCGUUGAAGCGCGAUGCUGACCCGAGAGAGUUGAAGGCCGCAUACUUGUACCUGGCGAGUGAUGCGAGUACGUACACGACGGGAGCGGAUAUUGUUGUUGAUGGAGGAUACACAUGCAGGUAG